UAAUUAAAUAUAGCCUACUUACUACAUGUAGAUCACAGUAGUCCUAAUCAAGUUAACCUUCGUACCCUUUAUUUAGUAGGUCAUGGGUAUCAAUCGAAGAUAAUCCAAGCAAUGAUUUAGUGCGCGACCACUUCUACGCAAUGGCGGCAGUGUUUUUGGGAUUACUGUCGGGUUUUUCGUCGACACUAAUAUGGCAAGAUCCGGUCAAUUAUUAUUGUGGAGACAAAUCCUUCUCGGAAACGCCAGUGAGUGUAACAAAAAGUUCAAAAUUUGUCAUUGACGUAUCGGCGGAGCCCCUCCAAAAUAUUUCUUUGCUACUUGAACCAAGCUCGUUUAUCAUUGACGUAACGGGGUGCCUUACACCAAAGGGCGUCUUACGACCGGCCGUUGGAAUCGAGAUUAGUAACCAGAAGCUUCCGAUACUGUACAGCGGAGCCGUACAGAACAUGGUGGUACUCCAAAUGAUCAAAAUUGAGCACUGCCAAGUCCAGGACAUACACCCAGGCGCCUUCAUGAUUCUACCAUACAUUAAUACCAUAUUUUUACGCAACAACUUACUGGUCUACAUAAAAACCGGCAUCUUCAACAAUCUGCGAGUCGCCCAAUUGUAUCUAAACAACAACAACAUCUCGUACAUUGAAAAUACGGCGCUCGACGAUAUGCCCAACUUGAGACUGCUAAACCUGGAUAACAACCAGCUGAAACACUGGAAUAACGACUGGUUUACCAACACAUACAACUUGGAGCACCUGUCGAUCGAUUCGAAUCAGCUAACAAAACUCCCGGCGAACGCGUUUAACAAACUCAAAAACGGCCGCUCCACAGUCAUUCGUUUAUCAAACAACCAAAUAAUGUACAUUCAUCCUCAGGCCUUUAGGAAGCUAAGUCUAUUGCACGCCCUCUGGUUGAACGACAACAAUCUCACCGACUUCGACGGAACGAUACUGUCGAGUUUUGAACGACUGUUCGUGCUGUCACUGUCUGGCAACAAGUUGAGCUGCUUGGACGUUUCCGCGCUCUAUGACCUGAAAUCGCCUCAAAUCGUCUUGCACGUUGAGAACAACGAGCCGAUGAGCUGCGAGUGCCUCAAAAAGCUUGAGAUAUGGGCGAAAAUUCGUAAACACUUUCUAACUCAACGGUACACUAAAAACGAAUGCGUUAAAAAAAAGAUGGAGGUGUAGUUUUUUUUAACUUAACCGUUAACGUAGUUUUUUGGCGAAAUCCGAACUGUCCCGUGUAGAAUCCGGUGAAGUGAAAUUACACCAAAUAAUUUUUUAAGCGCUAUUGCCAUUUAGUGAUAGAAACUUUUUUUUAUUUUCGUAGAAUUUUAGAAUUGAAGGAGUCGGAAGGCAUUCUUCUCGUGUUCAUUUGCUAAGAUAUCAAUACAAGCAUUUAA